AUGCUUCAGUUCAAGGAAAACCAGGCCAAAGAGUUUGAGAACGUGGUUUCGCAAACACACCAAUCGGUCGAAAUCUUAAGCGAUAGAGUUUUGGGCCAGGUCGUUUCGUACAGCGAUCAAUGGUUCGCCGAUGCUACCAACCUUUUGAAACCUACGGCGCCAGUUAGAGAUGCUACUAGGUUCACCCACGCCGGCGCAUGGUACGAUGGCUGGGAGACCAGAAGGCACAAUACAGAGGAAUACGACUGGGUCAUAUUCAAAGCAGGGGUUCAUGCAGCAAGAAUUAUUGGGUGCGAGGUGGACACGGCAUUUUUCAACGGGAACCACGCUCCAGCUAUUAGCGUACAGGCGCUAAGACAUGAAGAUGCGGCAUCAGCGCCUUCAGAUAUCUCAGAAAAAGACGUAAGAUGGACUGAUGUUAUAGAAAAGGUUGAGUGUGGUCCUUCGCAAAGACAUUUCUUCCUCAGAGAAGCCUUGACUGACGACCAUUACAAUUAUUUCAAAUUGAAAAUGUACCCAGACGGCGGAAUUGCAAGAUUUAGACUGUACGGGAAGGUUGUUGCACCAGAGCAAGCAGCGGCAUCUGCAAAGCCUAUUGACUUAUGUAGCAUUGCUAACGGUGCAGUGGCUAUCGCAGUAUCAGAUCAACACUUUGGAUCCGCAAACAAUCUCAUAAUGCCUGGCAGAGGUCAUGACAUGUCCGAUGGAUGGGAGACCUCGAGAUCGAGAACGCCAGGCCAUGUGGACUGGGCCAUUAUUCGGUUGGGCAAACUAACCUCAUAUAUUGACCGCAUAAUCGUCGACACCGCACAUUUCCGUGGUAAUUUCCCACAAUUCAUCAAGGUGGAAGGUAUUGCAGUUGAUGGCACGACCGCUGCUCCUCACCACGAUGAUCCAAAGUGGACCACGUUAGUCGAUAAGUCAAAGGCUGGCCCAGACAAGGAACACGAAUACAAAAUUGACAAGGUUUUGCAGAUUACUCACGUCAAGUUGACCAUUAUUCCAGACGGUGGUGUAAAGAGAAUAAGAGUGUUUGCUACAUAA